AUGCGGUGGGAGGGGUGUGUGGAAGCGCGGCGAAGGAAGGAGGGAUCGCCGGGCUGGGCAGGGGGGCCGGGGGGGGGAGGCGGCGGCGGCGGCGGCGGCUCGGGCGCCGGGGCGGCCGGCGGAGGGGACGACCUCGGGGCGAACGACGAGCUGAUCCCCUUCCAAGACGAGGGGGGCGAGGAGCAGGAGCCGAGCAGCGACAGUGCCUCGGCGCAGCGGGACCUGGACGAGGUCAAGUCGUCCCUGGUCAACGAGUCGGAGAACCAGAGCAGCAGCUCGGACUCGGAGGCGGAGAGGCGCCCGCAGCCCGCCCGGGACGCCUUCCAGAAGCCGCGGGACUAUUUCGCCGAAGUGAGAAGGCCCCAGGACGGCGCGUUCUUUAAGGGCCCCCCGUACCCUGGGUACCCGUUCCUGAUGAUCCCGGACUUGAGCAGUCCGUACCUCUCCAACGGACCCCUGUCCCCGGGAGGAGCGCGCACGAUUACAGACCUCUCGAGUGGAGCCUCCUACAAGUCUUACAGACCUCAAUGCAGCCAAGUGUCAGCACGCAGUAGUUAUUCAACAAUGAGUAACUUGAAUUGGCUUCCACUUGAACCUCAGUACCUACAGAUGAAAUGGCCCCUCCUCGAUGUCCCAUCCAGUGCCACAGUCAAGGACACCAGGUCACCAUCCCCGGCACACUUGUCUAAUAAAGUUCCUGUUGUUCAGCCCCCGCAUCACAUGCACCCGUUGACGCCCCUCAUCACCUACAGCAACGACCACUUCUCCCCUGGCUCCCCUCCCACACAUCUCUCCCCAGAGAUUGAUCCAAAGACAGCAGGAAUCCCCCGGCCCCCUCACCCAUCUGAGCUGUCUCCAUAUUACCCACUGUCUCCCGGAGCUGUCGGACAAAUCCCUCAUCCUCUCGGCUGGCUCGUCCCGCAGCAAGGACAGCCCAUGUACUCCCUUCCUCCUGGUGGCUUCCGGCACCCCUACCCUGCCCUCGCCAUGAACGCCUCAAUGUCCAGCCUGGUUUCCAGUCGGUUCUCUCCUCACAUGGUGGCUCCGGCCCAUCCUGGUCUGCCCACCUCAGGGAUUCCCCACCCCGCCAUCGUCUCCCCCAUUGUCAAGCAGGAGCCAGCACCCCCCAGCCUGAGCCCCGCCGUGAGCGCGAAAUCACCAGUCACGGUGAAAAAGGAAGAAGAAAAGAAACCCCACGUGAAGAAGCCUCUUAAUGCCUUCAUGUUAUAUAUGAAGGAGAUGAGGGCCAAGGUGGUGGCCGAGUGCACCCUGAAGGAGAGCGCGGCCAUUAACCAAAUCCUGGGAAGAAAGUGGCACAACUUGUCCCGAGAAGAACAGGCCAAGUACUAUGAACUGGCCCGGAAGGAGCGGCAACUUCACUCCCAGCUCUACCCGACCUGGUCAGCCCGGGACAACUACGGUAAGAAAAAGAAGAGGAAGAGGGAAAAGCAGCUGUCACAGACACAGUCCCAGCAGCAAGUCCAAGAGGCAGAGGGUGCUCUGGCCUCCAAGAGCAAGAAGCCAUGUGUUCAGUACCUGCCCCCCGAGAAGUCGUGUGACAGCCCUGCCUCUUCCCACGGCAGCAUGCUCGACUCCCCGGCCACCCCCUCCGCGGCCUUGGCGUCGCCUGCUGCCCCUGCUGCCACCCACUCGGAGCAAGCCCAGCCCCUCUCCCUCACCACCAAGCCGGAGAGCCGGGCCCAGCUGGCUCUACACUCGGCCGCCUUCCUGUCCGCUAAGGCGACAGCCACCUCCUCUGGCCAGAUGGGCAGCCAGCCCCCACUCCUCUCCCGGCCCCUCCCCCUCGGGUCCCUGCCCACAGCUCUGCUGACUUCCCCCCCCUCCUUCCCCACCACGCUCCAUGCCCACCAGGCCCUCCCUGUCCUCCAGGCCCAGCCUCUUUCCUUGGUUACCAAGUCUGCCCACUGAGCUGCCCCCUGACCUAUGCAGGCCGUCAAGUGACUCGUCAAGUAGUAAUGAUUCAGAAGAAACAACGGAAAAAAAAAAAAAAAAAAAAAAAGGAAACUUUAUUGGUCAAUAUUUGACCACUCUGGACUGUUCUGUAAAGUGACUGGUAACAACAGCACUUUACGUUUUGUAGAUGUAACCAGUAGCUGAUCUUAAGGCUUUUUUAAAAAACAAAACAAAACAAAACAAAAAAAAAAAUCUUUAAAAGAAAGAGAACUGAAAAGUAGCGUGUUAUUCUUCCUGUAUGUGCAGUGGUGGAUGGGCCUGGGCAGAAGACCCCCUUCUCUCUACCUCUUUCACUGUUCUCAUCGCUCCCACGUGCCCCCCUCCCUUCCCAGUCCGCAUGUUGGCCAUCGCUGGGCCUCUAGCCUGCUGCCUCUUCAUCUAGACGGCGCUCCUGGACAUUUUCUUUUCCCUCACCAAGUGUUUCUCCUUUGCUCAGCUCCGUGGGUUCUUGCCUUCAUCUCCGUCCUCUGCCCAGGGUAAGGCUGUCAUCACGUGAGAAGCCACCUUUGCCUGAUUUGUCUCCACCAGCAUCCCUUUUUCCUCAGUGGGCCCUAACCCAACAACCUCCAGCUUUUGGUGGGAAGAGAGGUCCUCCGAAAUGGUUCUUCCCCCACAUUUAAAGGGAUUCAAGGUGCCUGCCACUUCCUUGGUGAAGAAGUCUCUGUGCCACCCCCUCACCAGUCCAGACCUCUUCUCCUGGUCCCAGAGUGGCAGACGAGACCUGGCCCCCAGGCCUGGCUCUUGUCCCCUGGGUCAGUGCUAGCACAAUCUGCCAAAGGUCGAAACUCCCUCCUCCCUCCCCCCAUCACCUCACAUGCUUCUUCUGUGUGUAUUUCUUUUUGUUUUUAUGGGGUUUUUUGGAGCAAUUUAAACUUCCAGUUGUUUAUUUUCACAAAAGAAAAUAAAAUUGCAGUUGCAAGACCU